AUGGCGGAGGGCGGCGGCGCCACCAGAGGCCACCACCAUCACGGGUCCAGCUUCUCCAUCGACCUGGGGAAGCAGCAUCAAACCCUAGGCCCCAGCAAGUGCUACGACGACGACGGCCGCCUCAAGAGAACAGGUCAGAAAACCUCCUCCUCCCCUCUCCCUCCUCCCUCCUCCUCAAGCCCCACCUUCUUCUUCUUCUUCAACCUCUGACCUUGCUGCUCCGCCAUGGUGGUGCUAGGGACCGUGUGGACGGCGAGUGCCCACAUCAUCACGGCAGUGAUCGGAUCCGGCGUCCUCUCUCUUGCGUGGGCCAUCGGUCAACUCGGAUGGGUCGCCGGCCCCGCCGCCAUGCUUCUCUUCUCCGCCGUCACCUACUACACCUCCUCCCUCCUCUCCGACUGUUACCGCUCCGGCGACCCCGCCGCCGGCAAGAGGAACUACACCUACAUGGACGCCGUCGCCGCCAAUCUCGGUCAACGCCCUCUUUAUAAAACCUCCCCCACACCAAAGUUUUAUCGUCUUAUUUAUGAUCUUUUUUUUCAUUUUUUCUAAUUUUUUUGUUGUAAAUUUGACCUGGGUUCAGGUGGGAUGAAGGUGAAGAUCUGCGGGUGGAUCCAGUACGCGAACAUCUUCGGGGUGGCAAUUGGGUACACCAUUGCGGCGUCGAUCAGCAUGAUGUGAGUAUACAUCUCAGCCGUUGGAAUCGGAUCGGACGGUGAGGUUGAUGACUCGUGGUCUGGUCUUGACGCACCCGUUGUGAUGUCUGUCAACGAGCAGGGCCAUCAGGAGGGCCGACUGCUUCCAUCGGAAGGGCCACGAUGGUCCCUGCCACGUGUCAAGCAACGCAUACAUGAUCGCCUUCGGGGCGACCGAGAUCAUCUUCUCGCAGAUCCCCGGGUUUGACCAGAUAUGGUGGCUCUCCAUCGUCGCAGCCGUCAUGUCCUUCACUUACUCCUCCAUCGGCCUCGCUCUUGGGAUCGCUCAAGUCGUAGGUAUGUGUUUUCAUCGCACGAAGUUUGACUACGUCCAUGAAUUUCCUUCGGUUCAUCGUCCGUCUGAUUUUAUAUUUAAUAAUAUUGUUAUUAUUUGAUUAAUUUUUGUAGUUAUAGGCAAUCGGAUUGCAUAUGAUCAGAUAUCAUUGACUUUUAUUUUUCUGGGUAUUUUGAACAAACACGAGGUUUGUUAUUGAGAAUUCAUUCACUCUUUAAUAUAAUGUUUUCACAAGUAGCUGGAUGAUUUCUUGUAAAAAAAAUUGAAUUAAAUUUUAAAUUCUGAUGGUUUGGAACUAUUGACAUUUUUUAGUUGGUUUAUUAGGGUAUGCAGAAAAUGAAAUAAAAUCCAUAAAUUGUUGAUUGACUUUUAUUAUACCGUUUGAACCUCUUUUUAUUUUUAUUUAACGCUUAUUUAUUAGAAAGAAAAUUUGUAAUUUCCAGCUUUUUUUGCAUUUUAUUUGUAAAUCAUGAAACCUUUUGACUGGUACCUUUCUUUCAUCAGAAUAUUUGAUUAUGUAAAAAUAUAUACAUGCAUGUAUGUGCUUCACUCAUUAUUGAUUAAUUGAUUUAAUGUUGGAAAAAUAAUAGACAUAAAUCUAAGUAAUUCGUCAAGUUAUAUCUUAUAAUUUCCAAGUUAUUACAUGAUUGUUUUAUCAAAUAUUCAUCAUUAAAAUUUCCUCAGUAUUAUUAUUAGUAUUAUUUGACACCUAAAUAGGAUAUUAUUUGACCUUUAUUAGUUAUAAAAAAACCUCAUAAGUUCUCAAUUUGUUGAAUGAUAAAACCACUGAACAUAUUCUUAUGAUUUUUUGCAGGAUGAGAGCAUAAAUUUAUACCAAGUCAAUCAAAAGCAUGAUAACUUUAAAUAAUGUAAUUUCUUAUAAUUUUUCUCCAAUCAUUUAAAUAAAAUCUUAAAUUAACGUAAUAUUGACAGAAAAAUGGUCUACCAAAACACUCAUCUAUAAUUGCAUUACAUAAAAAAUUAAAUCAAUAUGAGCAUCCCAUGAUUGUUAUCUUCUUAGUUUCAUAAAUAAGUAAACAUUUUUAGGAUGUUGUUAUAAAUAUUUAACGAAUUGACCUUACUCAGCAAACAAAGGCUUCAAGGGCAGUCUGACGGGGAUCAGCGUGGGGCCCAUCACCCAAACUGAGAAGAUGUGGCGGACCUUCCAAGCCUUCGGCGACAUCGCCUUCGCGUACUCUUACUCCAUCAUCCUCAUCGAAAUCCAGGUACCUCGCUCACUCAAUAAAUAGAGUCCUUCCGCUGAUAUAUCACUUGGAGGUCAACGCCCCACCCCAUUGACUAUCCUUGCUGAGCUUCACUGAAGUCAAGUCUACAGUCCUUGAGAAAAGUACGGGAAAUGAGAGGCAGAGAGCGAGAAGAGAGAGAUAAAUGAGACCCAAAUUAGAGAAAGCCAGGUAUAAAUCAGGGGCAGUUUUGAUCGACGACUUUUACUAGUGAUUCAGAAGGUAACGUCGAGAUAGAUAGACAGAUGGAGAGAGAGAGAGAGAGAGAGAGAGAGAGAGAGAGAAUGCCCGGCGGCUGACUUUUUCUUUCUGGUUGGCGGCGUCAUCCGGCAGGACACCGUGAAGUCGCCGCCGUCGGAGGCGAAAACGAUGAAGAGGGCUGCGCUCCUGAGCGUGGCGGUGACCACGGUCUUCUAUCUUCUCUGCGGCUGCGCCGGCUACGCCGCGUUCGGUGACGCCGCCCCCGGCAACCUCCUUACCAGCUUCGGCUUCUUCGAGCCCUUCUGGCUCCUCGACGCCGCCAACGCCGCCAUCGUCAUCCACCUUGUCGGAGCCUACCAAGUCUACUGCCAGCCCCUCUUCGCCUUCGUCGAGUCCUGGGCCCCACGCCGUUGGCCCCACUCCCGCUUGGUCAACGGUGAACACCCCCUCCGCCUCCUUCCCGGCGGCGCCGCCACCAUCCGGGUCAAUGCCUUCCGCCUUCUCUGGCGCACCGCCUUCGUCGUCGUCACGACCGUCAUCUCCAUGCUGCUCCCCUUCUUCAACGACGUCGUGGGAUUCCUGGGGGCUCUCGGUUUCUGGCCGUUGACCGUCUACUUCCCCGUGGAGAUGUACAUCAACCAGAAGAGGAUCCCCCGGUGGAGCCCACGGUGGGUCUGUUUGCAGAUGCUCAGCGCAGCCUGCCUCGUCAUCUCCGCCGCCGCCGCCGCCGGCUCCGUCGCCGGAGUUAUCCUCGACCUCAAGACCUACCGCCCCUUCAAGUCCGACUACUAA